AUGUCGCCAACGAAAGAUGUGAACAGGGUCACUAAGAGCCCCAGCAAGAAAAAGGCAACCCAGUCGUCCGCCUCGUCUGACCCAUCUACUCCCAAUAAGCAGGGAUAUGGCCCUGUAGAUGAUGCGGACCUCCUCUGGGCAGUUCUGUAUAAGGCCGCCGACGAUCCGAAGCCCAAUUACCAGAGAGCCGCUGAGCUAUUGGGCAUGCCCUAUACAACUCUCUUUGGUCGCUUUGCGCGGAUUAAGAAGCUUCACGAUGGUACCCCUGUUGUUACUCCUACCUCGAAGCAGCGCAAGGCUCACAAGUCCAAGGAAGCCCUGAAGUCUGAGAUUGAUGUCCUCAGGAUCAAGGAUGAGGAUAAGACCAAGAGCGAGGUCAAGAACGAAGUCAUGGUCAAGGUCGAGGUCGAGGUCGAGGCCAACGGAGAGAAGAUGGAUGAGGAUGAAGCCUAG